AUGCAUUUACAGAUAUCCUUACUGCUGCUGCUUUGUCUGAACAUUGUCCAUGGUAGCGAUGGAUAUUUUUCUGAGCGAUAUCAGAAACAAUCCAGCAUCAAGGGGCCACAUUUUCUACCAUUCAAUGUAAAGAGUCAAGGUGUGCAGAUAAGGGGUGAACAAGGACCCCCCGGUCCCCCAGGCCCUAUUGGACCAAGAGGACAACCAGGUCCUGCAGGAAAGCCAGGGUUUGGAAGUCCUGGUCCCCAAGGCCCCCCAGGUCCCCCAGGACCACCUGGAUUCUCUGCAGUUGGAAAGCCAGGUGUGCCAGGUCUACCAGGAAAGCCAGGAGACAGAGGACUAAACGGUGAGAAAGGAGAAGCUGGACCUAUUGGGCUCCCAGGAGCAAGAGGGCCCCAAGGACCACCUGGCACUCCCGGCCCUGCAGGACUGUCUGUUCCUGGCAAGCCAGGGCCACAAGGCCCCCCGGGAGCUCAAGGGCCGAGGGGCCUCCCCGGUGAGAAGGGAGAGCCAGGCAUCCCUGGUAUAAACGGACAAAAGGGAGAAAAUGGAUUCGGCGUUCCAGGCCGCCCAGGCAGCAGGGGUCUUCCAGGCCCGCAGGGACCCCGGGGCCUCCCUGGUCUUGCUGGGGUAGGGAAACCUGGUGAAAACGGUCUUCCAGGUCAGCCAGGUAUGAAAGGUGACAGAGGUUUACCAGGUGCACCCGGAGCGGCUGGUAUCCCAGGUCCCCAGGGUCCCCCAGGAGAACCUGGAGAAGCUGGCGUUGGCAAGCCUGGGCCAAUGGGACCACCAGGAGUAGCCGGCAUCCCUGGAGCCAAGGGACACCCCGGACCUGCAGGCUUGCCUGGAUCCCCAGGUCUUCCAGGAUUUGGAAAGCCAGGAUUGCCAGGGAUGAAGGGACACAGAGGGCCUGAAGGUCCUCCUGGCCUUCCAGGACCCAAAGGAGAUCAAGGCCCAGCUGGUGUGCCAGGAGAACCAGGGCCUGCCGGGCCACCAGGGAACAUGGGCCCUCAAGGACUGAAAGGCUUGCCUGGUGAGAACGGCCUACCCGGGCCCAAAGGCGACAUGGGCCCUGCAGGCCCCCCGGGAUUCCCAGGGGCCAAGGGUGAACGAGGUCUACCAGGAUUAGAGGGAAAACCAGGAUACCCAGGUGAGCAGGGUCUUGCCGGUCUUAAGGGACACCCAGGUCUCCCAGGUCCAAAAGGCGACACUGGCCAUGCUGGGCUACCUGGCUUGCCUGGCCCAAUGGGUCCACAAGGAGUUAAGGGAGUGCCAGGGAUCAAUGGCGAGCCGGGCCCCCGAGGGCCUUCAGGAAUACCUGGGAUCAGAGGCCCCAUCGGCCCCCCUGGCCUGCCAGGAGCCCCUGGUGUGAAAGGCGAGCCGGGAGCACCAGGACUGCCAGGCCCAGCAGGUAUUUCUACAAAAGGCUUAAGCGGACCCAUGGGACCACCUGGACCCCCCGGGCCUAAAGGCAACAACGGAGAGCCUGGCUUGCCAGGCCCCCCUGGUCCUCCUGGUCCCCCCGGCCAAGCCGUAAUUCCACAGAUGCCCGAAAGCUACGUUAAGGCAGGAGAGUCUCGGGAGCUAUCAGGAAUGUCUUACAUGAAAGGAGGAGUAAACCAAGCUCUUACAGGGAUGCCAGUGUCUGCUUUCAGCGUCAUCCUCUCAAAAGCCUACCCUGGAGCAACAGUCCCCAUCAAAUUUGACAAAAUCUUGUACAACAGGCAGCAACACUAUGACCCCAGAACAGGAAUCUUCACCUGCAGGAUCCCUGGACUGUACUAUUUCUCCUACCAUGUACAUGCAAAAGGAACAAAUGUUUGGGUUGCACUCUACAAAAAUGGUUCCCCACUCAUGUACACCUAUGAUGAGUACAAGAAAGGAUACCUUGAUCAGGCUUCUGGCAGUGCUGUCAUCGAUCUCAUGGAGAACGAUCAAGUAUGGCUCCAACUGCCCAAUUCUGAAUCUAACGGUCUCUAUUCCUCCGACUACGUUCACUCUUCUUUCUCAGGUUUCCUUUUUGCUCAUAUCUAACAACAUCCCACUUACACUGUCCUGACACUCCUUCAGACCAUUUUAACUGGGCGCUGAUCCGAUUCGUCCAGGUCAUACAACUUCAAUUUUGCAAAAAAAAUGGAGGAGGUGAGAAGGUGGGAGAGAGUGGUUCAAACCUAGUAGAAUAAUACUGUAUGUUUUUAGAGAAUUGUCACAAGAAAUUUGUUUCAAAUGAUGAUUAAUUGUCUGACUGAACACAACAUUAAAAUUUUAUGAAUUAAUAUAA